UUGGUCUCGCACUUGUCAACAUGCAUGGAGACCGAACAGCCACUUCAUACGCUGGAACAAUCGGCUACAUAGCUCCUGAGAUGCUGGCUAGGAAGGAGUAUAACGCCGGAGUAGACUGGUAUUCUUUCGGUGUCAUCUUGAAAGAAAUGGUUACCAGUGAUUGUGCGUACCAUCAGACAAUCGAUGAUGCAUCCUCCGGCAUUAAGAACAUCAUUAGAAAGCUCCUUCGGAAAGAUCCUGCCAGACGCUUAGGAGUGAAUGGUAACAUCAGAAAGCACCGAUUCUUUCAGCGUAUGGACUGGGUCUCUGUGGAAGCCCUAGAGUUGCCUCCACCAUACACACCUGAGCCAACUGAACCUCAUCAUCGUCCUAAACCAUUCCAUCUGGACAAACUGGAGGCAGCAGAGGUCAGAACACCUAUUUCAGCAGCGGACCAGGCCUUGUUCGAGGGAUUUUCUUUUUGUCAACUUGGAAACCCUUGAUGAAACACCAGCUC